AAAAGCCCAUUCUUAACGUCGUGGAGCGUCGAAAUCCCAUUUCCUUUCAGCGACCGCACAGAAACCUUCUCUUCUAGAAUCCUCUAGAACCUCUUGACCUCCCCCGCCUCUGCAGUUCCCUCCGAUGAGGUGGCUGCCCCGGCUGCUCUCCCACGCCGCGGCGGCUGGGAGGGCCACGGCGAGGACCACUGGCAGCCAUGCCAGGGGAUCCAAUGGGUUCGCGAGCGGCCGCGGGGGCAGCGAUGGUGCGGUGGUGCCUCGGGAGUGGCUACGGAAGCUGUGGACCGAGGAGCUGAGGAGGCAGAGGGAUGCUGCGAGGCGGUGGGGGAGGCGCGCGGUCGCGACCACCGACGGCGGCGGUGCGGAUUCGUUCAGCGAUUUCGCCAGGGCGCCGUCGAGGAGCUACCAGCACGACGACCGGGACCUCACGCCCGUAGAGGCCAAACUAAAGCCUCUCCUCUCAAGGGCCAACCUCCUUAUCGCUAGGGACAUAGAAUGGGCAAAUAUUGUGUUGGCUUUCGAGCAGGAGAGUAGAUAUAUCAUAAUGGAUCCGCUCUUUCCUCAAUCACCUGUUGGUUUCAUUCGAGAGAAAAGCAAUGUCAUAUUUAGGCAGCUAUUUCGCUCAAGAAGGCCAUUUGUUGCAGAAAUUACUGAUGCUAUGGGCAAUGAGAUCUUCACGGUUCGACGGCCAUUUUGGCUUAUCAACAGUUCCAUUUAUGCAGAAGUGAAUGGCAAGGAGGUAGGCGUAGUCCACAGACGUUGGCAUCUCUGGCGUAGAAUUUAUGACCUGUACUUAGGGAAUAGGCAAUUUGCUGUGGUCGAGAAUCCUGGAUUUUGGAACUGGACCUUUACUCUCACUGAUGAGGAUGACAAUGUACUAGCCCAGAUUGAUCGUAAUUGGAGGGGAAUCGGUUUUGAGCUCUUCACAGAUGCUGGCCAGUAUGCAAUUCGAUUUGGUGAUGCAGGACUAAACCGUAAAUUUGGUCUCGCUUCAGAUAUCGAUGAACUGCAUGUUGUUCGCCAGCUGAGUUUACCUGAAAGGGCUGUUGCACUUGCUCUUGCUGUGUCUCUGGAUUGUGAUUAUUUUUCAAAGAGAGGUGGCUGGGGACUUCCUUUUCUUAUUGCCACAGAGUAGACGCAUAUGACCUACUACCAUUUUCAGCACAAGAGGAAAACCGAUGACCUUCACAUUGUUGAUUAGUGAAGAAACUUAAUGGGUCGACUAUUUUGCGCGAUUGAGAUCGUUACCGAAGCACGAAACGGUUUUUUGUGUCACUGCAUGUGCUCUGCUCACUUCACCUGUCUUCUAGUACGUGUGAAUUUCGAAAGCAGAUGUCACCCGAAGAAGUUUGAGCUUAACAUCCAACUCGAUUCCGUUUUGCUACAGUACAACUUGCAGCGAUGCAGUAGCUCUUCAUUAGAUGGAUCUUUCAGCUUUCAGGCUGCAACCUGUUUCAUCCUUAUGCCCUGUGGAUACGAAGCAAACCCCAUGUAUGAUGGAGACGUGCAUUGAAGUCUCGAUUUUACUGCAGGUCUCUGAGGUGCUA